AUGGACACUUUCCUCCUGUGCAAGGAGGGGGCAGCUGAUCCCCCCCUGCGUCUGAGAGCAGAGUACCGAGCCCCAUGGUACCAGGCAGAGUUCUCCAUGAGAGCUGUGACCCCAGCCCUCGGGGGGACCUACAGGUGCUAUGGCUCUCACAGCUCAGCCCCCUACCUGCUGUCACGGCCCAGUGCCCCCCUGGACCUGGUGGUCUCAGCCUCACCCCACAGGGACCACACAGUGGAGAAUGUCAUCCGCUUGGGCCUGGCUGGCUUGGUCUUGCUGGUCCUCGGGAUCCUGCUGUUUGGGACUCGGCACAGCCAGAGAGGGACCCAAGAUGCAGGCAGGAGCUGCCCMGUCCCCGUCUGGCUGCCCCGCAUUGGCCUGCAGAAUCGUGCCAUGCCACCCACACCGGUGGCCCUGCUGUGCCUCGGGCUGCACCUGAGCCUGAGGACCAGCAUCCAGAGUGAGGUCCUCUCGAGACCCRUCAUCCAGGCCAGGCCCAGCUUCAUGGUUCCAAAGGGACAGUCGGUGACCCUGUGGUGCUGGGGCACCCGGGAGGCUGAGGAGUACCGGCUGCAUUUUGAGGGAGGGGUUGCUGCCCUGAAGAGACCGAAACCACCUGGACUCGUGGACAAAGUCAAGUUCCUCAUCCCCACCAUGACCUCCAGCACAGCAGGGCAAUACCACUGCUUCUACCGCAGCGGGGACCUCUGGUCCGAGCCCAGCAGCCCCCUGGACCUGGUGGUGACAGGAAUGUACGACACACCCACCCUCUCUGUUCAGCCGGGACCUGAGGUGGCCCUGGGGGACAGCGUGACCUUCUUUUGCCACCUAGCGACAGCAACCAGCACUUUCUUUCUGCUCAAAGAAGGGAGGUCCAGCCGCCCACAGCGUAGCCACGGGAGCACCCAGGCAGAAUUCCCUGUGGGCCCGGUGACRGUGGCCCACCAGGGGACCUACAGAUGCUUUGGCUCCUACAACAACCAYGCGUGGUCCUUCCCCAGCAAUCCCGUGAUGCUCCUGGUGACAGGUGCGGGGAACGGCAGUCUUACACCCACAGACCUCGCUGAUUCCCCGG